AAAAUUUAUCUUACUCGCUCUAGAAAGGAAAAAAAAAAAAACUCAGAUUUGCUUAGAGUAAAGAAACAUGAUCAACUACGAGAAUACAAGUUGCUCUAUCUUCUUGAAGUUGCUACCUUUUCUUCUGAUUCUUUAUUCAGCAGAUCUUGUUGCUUCCUGUGCAAGUCACUGUGGAGGUGUCGAGAUCCCAUACCCUUUUGGAAUCGGAAAAGGUUGUUACCUGGAGAAGUCUUACGAGAUCCAGUGUCGUAAUACCACUUCAGGAAGGCAGCAGGUCCCUUUCCUCUCUGCUAUUGGCAAAGAAGUUGUGGAGAUAUAUCUUCCGAUUGUAGAAAAUUCUGUUACUUAUGAAUCAAGUAAGGGAAUUCAUUCUCUAACAUUUGGUUUAGUUCGUGUGAAAACACCCAUAACAUCUGCAGGAUGUCUCGCUGGUGGAGAAGAGUCCAUAGAAUCAAUAAUGAACUUCACGGGUACCCCUUUUUUCAUUGAUGACUCAAACACUCUCAUAGGAGUUGGUUGCAAUGCCAAAGUGUCACUGACACAUAUAAAGCCGAACAUGGUGGGAUGCGAGUUGACUUGCAAUACCACCGAAGACCACCAGCCUAGCAGCAACAACAACAACAUCCCUUUUCUCGACAAAACAGGGUGCUCGAACAAGACACUGUCAUAUAGAUACCAGGAGGAAUGUACAGGAAACCGACCAGAAGAAACUGACUGUAAUGGUAACGGAUGUUGUGAGGUUAAUCUACUUAAAGACCCUCAACAAGCUAUUGGUAUCAGAAUUGAUGGAAACUCAACAACAAGACAAGAACAUUGUAGAGUCGCCUUCAUUACAGAUGAAGUCUACACUUUGUCUAAUGCGACAAAGCCACGAGAGUUAUUUAGUAAGGAAUAUGCUACGUUUUCUUUAAGCUGGGUAAUCCAGACAAAGAAUCAUUCUUUCCUAAGCUCCUUGCGCUGCAACAACACAACAGUUUACGGCCAAACUAGUUACUCUGUUGGACCCCAAAUGAAUUGUAUUUGCGACCAAAGCACCAUCUCUGAGAUUACUUAUGCACAUUGUGGUUGCAUUAGGGGUUUCAAAGGUAACGCAUAUGUCCCAGAUGGAUGUCAAGAUAUUAAUGAAUGCGAAGACAUACCUUGUGGAGAAAGAAACAUGUGUGUGAAUACUCAAGGAGGCUAUCAUUGCGUGGGAGACAAGAAAAACCAAUACUCAUAGGGGGUGGCGUAACCAUUGUGAUUAAGCUUUCCCAGUUUCUAGAGGGUGGUGAGGUUUAAGUUUCUUGCGCCGUUGUGAGAGGAAUAUGCGUAUUUGGGAGUUUUGGGGUUUGAUGGAGGGUUUUUCUUCACUUCGAAGAGGUAUAGACAAAUAGAGUAAAUGCUGUGGUUUUAUUUCUUUACUGAAUAAUACUUCUUUCCUUUUCAAAUCAAGAUUUACCGUGAUUUUGAGAUUUCUAGACUGAUUUUUUAUUAAAAUAAAAAUCAUUUGUCUUGAUUAGAUUGUGAGUUUUGAUUUAUUCAAAAAAAACAUGUAAUCUCCAGCCAGCUUCGGAUACACCUAUAUCUUCUUCAAUCUAAU